AUGGCACCUAUGGCGGCCGGGCUGGAUGGGUGGCUUUUGCCGGCUUUUGGGCUGCGGCUGCUGCUGGCGACUGUGCUUCAAACGGUCUCUGCGUUCGGGGCAGAGUUUUCAUCAGAGUCUUGCAGAGAGUUAGGCUUCUCCAGCAACUUGCUCUGCAGCUCCUGUGAUCUGCUUGGGCAGUUCAACCUUCUUCAACUGGAUCCUGACUGUAGAGGAUGCUGUCAGGAAGAAGCACAAUUUGAAACCAAAAAGCUGUAUGCAGGAGCUAUUCUUGAAGUCUGUGGAUGAAAAUUGGGGAGGUUCCCUCAAGUCCAAGCUUUCGUCAGGAGUGAUAAACCCAGACUAUUCAGAGGACUACAAAUCAAGUAUGUUCGCGGUUCAGACCCUGUGCUAAAGCUUUUGGACGACAAUGGGAACAUUGCUGAAGAACUAAGCAUCCUCAAAUGGAACACAGACAGUGUAGAAGAAUUCCUGAGUGAAAAGUUGGAACGCAUAUAA